ACUUCAGCUGACGUGGCCUUGUUAUUUUAUUUUUUUAUUUUGCUCAUUCUUCCUCGCAUUUUUCCCGUUACUAGACUACAGUCACUGAAGGAAAGGACAAUAGGUUCAUUAUGAACAGGAGUUAUAACCAGAGGAGCCCAGCUGUGAGGAGGUUAAUGAGAGAAGCUAUUGAAUUAAGGGAACCCUCUCCUCUUUAUCAUGCACAACCAAUGGAAGAUAAUUUGUUUGAAUGGCAUUUCACAAUACAAGGUCCACCUGGUACUGAUUAUGAGGGAGGACGCUAUCAUGGACGUAUCUUAUUACCACCAGAAUAUCCAAUGAAACCACCUUCCAUUGUUAUACUAACUCCUAAUGGAAGGUUUGAAUUAAAUCAGAAGAUUUGUUUAAGUGCUUCAGCCUAUCAUCCUGAGAUGUGGCAGGCCUCAUGGGGAAUUCGUACUAUGUUAUUGGCACUGGUUGGUUUCAUGCCAACUGAUGGUAAAGGUACUAUUGGUUCACUGGACUGUACACCUGAAGCAAGAAGACAAAUGGCUAUUAGGUCAUUAGAGUGGGUAUGUCCUACUUGUGGUGUUGCUAACAGGACAGCUUUACCUGAAGGAAGUGAAGAGGAGGCACGAGAUACUAAAAUUACUAAAGAAAUGGAAGACAUUGUAUCACAAAUGGCAAUCAAAUCUCAAGAAGAAGUUGAUGCUCAAUUUAAACAGCAAGUCCAGCGUCAAAGUGAAGCCUCACAUGUUCCCCAGCCCCGCCCUCCAUCAACCGACCAAUCAAAUCGAAGGAAUAUUGAUAUCAAAGAGUCACACGAUGAGUAUAAAGAUGAAGGAGGGACUGAGAUUAAUAAAGAAUCAUCAACUAGUGGAAUUAGAUAUCGUGGACAAGAAGAAACAGAUCAGCCUCUCCCUCCCCCUCCCUCCCUCUCUCCUCCUCCUCUUCCUCCAUCAGUCUCAAGGGUUGAUGGUAGUGUAAGGAGAGAAGUACAAAGAGGAUCAUCAAAUUAUAUGAUUUUAUUUCUUAUUAUUGUCAUUGUGUUAGUAAUAUUUUUGUUGGUUGCAAGGAGACUGAAUGGCAGUAAUCGUAAUGAAACUAGUCAUUAGUAGAUAGUUUAUAAUGCAAAUUACACAUUUUAUAUUGUGUCAUUUAUAUAAUAAUUGUUUAUUUAUUCAGUAAUCAGUGUCAUAAGGUUAUAGUA